AUGCACAUCAAAGACAAGCUCCGCGAGGCCGAAAGAUCCGGUCAUCCCACUUUUUCCUUUGAGUUCUUCCCUCCAAAGACAACUCAAGGCGUACAAAAUCUUUAUGAUCGUAUGGACCGCAUGCAUGGCCUUGGACCAAGCUUCAUAGAUAUCACCUGGGGUGCCGGAGGCAAUAUUGCCCAGCUGACAGUGGAGAUGGUCAGUGUAGCCCAAUCUCAGUACGGCUUGGAGACCUGUAUGCACUUGACUUGCACCGAUAUGGGACUGGAGAAAGUAGACAAAGCCCUCAAGGAUGCCUAUCAAGCUGGCUGCACCAACAUUCUUGCGCUCCGUGGCGACCCACCCAGAGAACAGGAGAAAUGGACUGCUACUGACGGUGGUUUCCACUACGCCAAAGACCUGGUCAAACACAUUCGUGCAACCUAUGGAGAUCAUUUCGACAUUGGAGUCGCUGGAUAUCCGGAGGGCUGCGAUGACCAAGACGAUCCUGAACUAUUAUUGGACCAUCUAAAAGAGAAGGUGGAAGCUGGUGGUACGUUCAUCGUUACGCAGAUGUUCUACGACGUCGAAAACUUCCUCGAAUGGGUCGGAAAAGUGCGUGCUAAGGGUAUCAAUGUCCCCAUCAUACCUGGUAUUAUGCCAAUCAAUACUUAUGCAAGUUUUCUUCGCAGAUGUAAUCACAUGGGCUGCAAAAUUCCACCAAAAUGGGCCACAGCAUUGGAAGGCAUAAAGAACGAUGAUUCUGCUGUUCGAAGCAUUGGAACUGGCCUUGUAGCAGAAAUGUGCCGUAGAAUCCUUGCGUCUGGUCUGAUACAUCAUCUCCAUUUCUACACUAUGAACUUGGCUCAAGCCACUCGCAUGGUAUUGGAUCAACUAGGAUUGACGCCCUCUGAGGAACGACCCCUAAAGCAAGCUUUACCUUGGCGACAAUCCUUGAGCCUUGGUCGUCGGGAUGAGGAUGUGCGCCCUAUAUUCUGGAAAAACCGUAACAAGUCCUACGUUACAAGAACUCAAGACUGGGAUGAAUUUCCUAAUGGUAGAUGGGGAGAUUCCAGGUCGCCAGCAUUUGGCGAGCUCGAUGCUUACGGUAUUGGUCUGAAGGGCUCCAAUCAACAAAAUCGAAAGCUCUGGGGCGAACCUGAAUGUAUCCAAGAUGUAGCCGAGAUAUUUGUCAAGUACUUGGAUGGAAAGAUUGAAAGCUUGCCAUGGAGUGAGGCACCCAUUUCAAGCGAAGCUAACAAAAUUAAAAAAGAAUUGGAAGAUCUAAAUCGACGUGGAUUUCUCACAAUAAACUCUCAGCCUGCUAUUAAUGGUAUUAAGUCAUCCGACUCAACAUAUGGCUGGGGCCCUCCAAAUGGCUAUGUUUAUCAAAAAGCUUAUCUAGAGCUCCUGGUUCCGGCCUAUCUUAUCGAUGAACUCCUCACAAGGGUUUCGAAAGAUGCAUACCUGACCUACUAUGCUGUGAACAAGGCUGGAGAUCUGAAGACCAACUCAACUCACGAGGGACCCAACGCUGUGACUUGGGGAGUUUUCCCAGGCAAAGAAAUCGUGCAACCAACGAUAGUUGAGACAAUAAGUUUUCUAGCAUGGAAAGAUGAAGCGUUCCGUCUUGGUAUAGAUUGGGCUCAGUGUCACUCGGCAACGAGUCCUAGUCGUCGGCUCAUUGAGAAGAUUAUGGAUACAUGGUACCUCGUCAACAUUGUGAACAACGACAUUUUUGAAAAUAACAAACUGUUCGAACUUUUUGAAGGCCUUCAGGUCAACGACAUCGACAAACCCUUGGAAAGCCCCAAAAUUAUGAAUGGUAACUCUGUCCAUCAAAAUGGACAUGAGCCUCACGUAAAUGGGAAAGUAACCAUCGAAAAUGGAAACCACUGA